AUGCGUGACGGAUAUCCAAACCAAGGGAGACCGCCGCGGCCUCCCGUGGACACGCGAAGCUACUCACACACCCCGCCGUACGCAACUCCAAAUCAUGUUUCUCCGCAGUCACAAUCGCCGUAUCCUGGAGGCAGAGGGGGCGGCUGGGGCGGCCAACAACCGUACUAUGGGAGCCAUCACGGGUCCCCACCUCAUAGCUAUUCCCCAAACCAAUCACCCUAUCAUCCAAGCCACCCGCCAUCGCAAGCAUCAUACUACCAACAACCUUAUAACGGACCUCCAUCAGGCUACCCAAGCCAGCCUCCGCCGUCUUAUCGUGGAGGCCAUGGCAGCUACCGUGGGAAUCACUACAACUCGAGUGACCGCCGCUACCCGCCGUCAAGCUCAUCGUAUUCGCAACCAACGCCAGCUAUCGGACGCGGUCGCGGCCACUACAGCAAUCUUUCCUGGACACCAGCUACCGGCAGCCGUGGAGGACGUGCUCCAAUUGACAAGCAUCGCAGUCUUCUUGCCCCUCUUGUAGGCCAACAGCAGGGUAGUCAAUCCCAAUCGCCUGUUCCUGAACAAAGUCAGUCAUCAGUUGACGAAGACGACAAUCCUUUUCGUCCGUCGAAGGACUUGCGUGUCGAGGACCAAGGCCCAACGGAGAGGGAAAAGGAGAAGGAGAAGGAGAAAGAGAAGGACGAGCCUCAGCCGAAGCCUCCCGCUCCUGACGCUUCACAAAGCUCUUCGGGCCCAAAGAUAAGCUUUGCACUCAAAUCAAAGGCAGCUCCGUCAGUAUCCUCUGCGCCGAAAGCCGACCUGUCCGCCAAACCUCGCGAACCCUCCGUUCUCGAGACUGCAGCGGUCAAAGCGCGACCGAUUCCCGCACACCCCACGCCACCCAAACCGAGACUCGACUCUCGCAGCGACCGCCGCUAUGAUGCUCCAUAUGAUCGCAGGUCCGACUACCGAGCGGAUGAUCGUCGGUCUGAUUACAAGUAUGAUGACCGGAGAGACUAUAGAUACUCUGAUCGUGACGACAGGGAUAGACGGCCGGAUUACAGGAGACCGGAUGAUCGAAGACACGAUGACAGGAGGCCUGAUGAUAGGAGAAUAGAUGAUAGGCGACUGGGCGACAGAAGAUUAGAUGACAGGCGGCUGGACGACAGGCGGCUAGACGACAGGCGAGGAGAUGAUCGGAGACUAGAUGACCGGAGACCGGAGGACCGGAGGCUGGAUGACAGAAGACCAGACUAUCGGGGGGACGACGACCGGAGAGGCGACUACGACGAUCGUCGGUCAGACUCUGGAGCGUCUGCUUUCCGACCAACAGACUUCAGAGUGUCUGAUUACCGGCCCUCUGAUGCAAGACGGCGACCUGAACCGAAGCAAGCACUGCGCAAAGAGAAGAGGAUCAUGAAGCGGCCCAAAUCGAAGCCAACUCUCACAGCAGAAUUCGCCGCUUCAGACUCGGUCUACUACAGGAAACCCGGUAAUGAGUCCGUCGUCGGAUCGGGAACGUACGGAAAGGUGUUCAAAGCGAUCCACGUGUACACCAACAGCAAGGUUGCUCUGAAGAAAAUCAGGAUGGAAGGCGAACGGGAUGGCUUCCCGGUCACUGCCAUCCGUGAGAUCAAGCUGCUCCAAUCUCUCAACCAUGACAGUAUUGUCAAGCUUCAAGAGGUCAUGGUGGAGAAGAACGAUUGCUUCAUGGUUUUCGAAUAUCUCUCCCACGACCUGACCGGCCUCCUCAAUCAUCCCUCUUUCAAACUCGAGCAUUCCCACAAGAAAGAUCUGGCCAAACAGCUUUUCGAGGGUCUUGACUACCUCCACCGCCGAGGCGUCCUUCAUCGAGACAUCAAGGCUGCAAAUAUCUUAGUCAGCAACACCGGCCAAUUGAAGCUGGCAGAUUUUGGCCUCGCCAGAUUCUACGCCAAGCGGAAGAAGCUCGACUACACGAACCGCGUCAUCACCAUCUGGUACCGCUCCCCGGAGCUUCUGCUCGGCGAGACGCAGUACGGACCAGCGGUGGACAUAUGGUCCGCGUCUUGCGUGCUCAUGGAGAUUUUCACCAAGCAUGCAAUCUUUCCCGGAGACGGCGGCGAGAUCAACCAGCUCGAGAAGAUCUACAACGUGCUCGGCACGCCUACGCGAGCCGAAUGGCCGGGCAUCGUCGACAUGCAGUGGUUCGAGUUGCUGCGGCCGUCGGAAAAGAAGCCGAGCACCUUCGCGGAGAAGUACAAAGAACGGGUCACGCCGGCGGCUUUCGACCUGCUGUCCGCCAUGUUCCUGUUCGACCCGGCGGCCAGGCCGAGCGCGAGCGACGUGCUGGAGCACCCGUACUUCACGACGGAAGAGCCCCCGCCGAGGCGCGCCACGGAGCUGGAGGACCUGCAGGGCGAUUGGCACGAGUUCGAGAGCAAGGCCCUUCGCAAGGAGAAGGAGAGGAUGGACAAGGAGGCGCGCAGGGCUGCGAGAGAGGACGAGCGGAGAAGAGCGGGUGAGGGGGAGAAGAGGAGAGCCGGCGAGAGCAGCGUUGCCGACGCGGAGGGGAGGGAGGCGAAGCGGGUGAAGCAACAUGGCGGGGAGAGCGUGGCGAGCGCUGGAGGUACGGGCAGUGGCCCCGCCCCCACGAGCACUGGCGGGGGCGACCCGAUGGAAGUGGAGAAAGGGAGCCAAGGUUAG